GGGGCUGGAGGACGCGAGCGGGCGGCGGGCCGGACAGACUGACGUGCGGCUGCAUCGCGGAGGCGCAUGGCGGGGAUGGCGCUGGCGCGGGCCUGGAAACAGAUGUCCUGGUUCUACUACCAGUACCUGCUGGUCACGGCGCUCUACAUGCUGGAGCCCUGGGAGCGCACCGUGUUCAAUUCCAUGCUGGUGUCUGUCGUGGGAAUGGCGCUGUACACGGGCUACGUGUUCAUGCCACAGCACAUCAUGGCAAUCUUACACUACUUUGAGAUUGUACAGUGACCAGGAUGUGACCAGAAUCCAGAGGUUUCCUGGAGAAGAAGUUGGAAUGAGACUUCAUCCAAUGUCAUGAAGAAACUCUACGGAUGUCAACAUAACCAACCUUACAAAGACUAAAAUUCAUGAGUAGAACAGGAAAAAAAUCAUCCUGGCUCAUGUGUUGUGUUCUUUAUUUUUAAUUUUAAAAGAGGCUCUUGUAUAGUAAUUUUUGUCUAUUUUAACAUUGUACUCAUUUGUACUUUGAUAUCAGUAUUUUCUUAACCUUUGUGACUGUUUCAAUAUUACCCUGUGAAAGCUUUUCUUAAUGUAACUUUGAGUACAUUUUAAUUGCCUUCUCUUUUUAAAACCCAAAGUCAUUAGUUGGGCUCUACUGUUCUUGCUAUUGUAUGGCAUAUACACCUGCCUGGAUCUAUUUCUACUCUUGACCAAAGUUUUGUAAGAAACCACAACAGAUUUGGGGCAGGGGAAUGGGGUGGGGAGGAUAUUUUACUGAGAAUUCCUUACAAAAGACAUAGCUGUAAGCUUGAACUCAGGAGUACAGUUUUAGCUAUCUAGACUCAAAACAGCUUUUGCUUUAAAACUAUUCCAGUGUUUCUUAACAACGAAAAAGAAAAGAUCUUGCUAAAGUUAAAAUAAAGAACAUUUCACCUUUUAAACUAUUUAAUUCUUAUGUGGACUUGUUUCCAGAAAACGUGAUGAAUCUUGUGGCACAAGUUGGUUAAGUUAGCAUUAGUAGGUAAUGCUUGUGUAACAUAGAGUUUUUAACAGAAGGUAAAUCGGGUUCCUCUGGGGGCCAGUAUGAACAGUGUACGUCCUUAAGUUUGAUGUCAUGAUUGUAAUGGGUGCUGCAAAUGCAUUUGUACAUUGAAGUAAGAUAUGAUGAAAUGAUUUAUUGUUAAAAAUUAUAAAAAAAGCAAGUGUAAACUUGAUUAAAAAUCCUUUCACUCUUUGUAUUUUUUUUUAAAGAUUUUUAUUCCGUAAAUGUAAAAUGACUAAUUUUUUUGGAUGUAAACUCAUUAAAUUCAGAGAGAACAAAAAUCAGCUGAU